AUGGGAGAAGCAAUGAGACUCGUUGUAUUCGAUCUCGAUUAUACCAUUUGGCAACCUGAGAUGUACCAGCUGUACAGUGCUCCAAGGCUGACUCCAAUCGACUCGAGAUCCAACCAAGCAUUGUCAGCCGAGGUGCUUGAGGAGGCCAAGACCAAAAAAGAGGGCCAUGUACUGACUGGCAACAGCUACUCACCAAUGCGAGUGUUCAAAGGAGCAGCGUUUGCCUUGAACGAAAUUGAAACCAUGAAGUCUCUGGGAUAUGAUAUUCAAGCAGCCGUUGCUUCCAAGACAGACGAGCCGAGCUGGGCUCAAAUAUGUUUGAGACACCUAGUUAUAAACGACAAUGGCACCACCCUGGGGUCCUGUUUCAAAGAAGGAAUGGUGGAAAUAUCUUACGGCUCCAAGGUCAACCACUUUGAGAGGUUGCAUCGUAAGACGGGUAUCAAGUAUGAGCAAAUGGUGUUCUUCGACAACGAAUACGGCAAUAUACGUGAUGUAUCAACUUUGGGAGUGAAAUGCUACUAUACUCCCGAUGGAAUGAUGAAAGAAGACUGGGAAACGGCCAAGACCGCAUUCGGCAUUGACUUGACCAGCAGUUCUUCCAGCGGUGGCACUGCAAGUAGUUGCGAGUCUGAUCUGCUCUAA